CGCUCCCCCAGCUAUGAAGGAGCUUGUAUGCUUUGAAUGCCACACACACCCCCCCGGAGACAUCUGAGUGCUUGCUUCAAAAAGAACACAUUGUCCCUGCGAAGAAGCUCUACCUUUCGACUAAUCAACCCCCCCUACACCACUACCCUCCUCCACUCCACCACCGCCCCUCAGUCUUCAAUAACGUCUCCUCCUCUUCCUCCUCCUCCUCAUCCUCCUCAUCCUCCUCAUCCUCUUUCUCCACGAGCAAUACGAACCUACUUGACGAAAACUCAGAACUCCGUCAACCUUUACACUCCACGUCUUAACGCACAAACCUCCACCACCACACAUCACAAUGAAGGGUUUCAAGGAGCUCUCUGCCGUCGCGCUCUCGCUGCUUGCCUACACUGUCUCCGCUGAGGAGGCUGCUGCCGCUGCCGUCGAUGAGGUGCCCUCGAAUGUCCAUGUUCUGAAGACUGAUACCUUCGAGCCUUUCGUAAAAGAGAACCCGUUGGUGCUGGCUGAGUUCUACGCUCCCUGGUGCGGACACUGCAAAGCUUUAGCCCCCGAGUACGAGGAUGCCGCCACAAAACUGAAGGAGAAGGGCAUUCCUUUGGCCAAGAUUGACUGCACUGUCGAGACUGAGCUCUGUGAGAAGCAAGGUGUCCAGGGUUACCCCACCGUCAAGGUGUUCCGUGGCCCUGACAACGUCGCCCCCUACGGCGGCCAGCGCAAGUCGGAUGCCAUCGUCUCGUACAUGAUCAAGCAGUCCCUGCCUGCCGUCUCCAUCCUUGACAAGGAGAGCCACGAGACCUUCAUCGCCGCCGAUAAUGUUGUCCUGGUUGCCUACUUCGGUGCCGACGAUAAGGACACCAACGCCACCUACUCCCAGGUGGCUGAGUCCUUGAGGGACAGCUACCUGUUCGGUGCCACUUCCGACGCCGCGUUGGCUAAGGCCGCCGGUGUCAAGACCCCCGCUCUCGUCCUGUACAAGAGCUUCGACGAGGGCAAGACUGUGUACGAUGGCAAGUUCGAGCUCGAGAAGGUUAUGGAGUUCGCCAAGGUUGCCAGCACCCCGCUGGUCGGUGAGGUCGGUCCGGAGACGUACGCUGGGUACAUGGACGCUGGCAUCCCUCUCGCGUACAUCUUCGUCGACAACGAUGCCGACAAGGAGAAGUUCACCAAGGCAGCCAAGCCCCUCGCCGAGAAGUACCGUGGCAAGAUCAAUUUCGCCACCAUUGAUGCUGCUGCUUUCGGCGCUCACGCCCAGAACCUGAACCUCGAGCAGAAGUGGCCCGCGUUCGCCAUCCAGGAGACCGCCAAGAACCAGAAGUACCCCUUCGACCAGGACACCGAGAUGACCGAGGCCGCCCUUGCCAAGUUCGUCGAGGACUUCUCCGCCGGCAACAUCAACCCCAGCAUCAAGUCCGAGCCUGUGCCUGAGAAGCAGGAGGGCCCCGUCCACGUCAUCGUUGCCAACAACUACGAGGACAUCGUCAUGGAUGCCGAGAAGGACGUUCUCGUCGAGUUCUACGCUCCCUGGUGUGGACACUGCAAGAACCUCGCUCCUAAGUACGAGGAGCUCGGCAAGCUGUACUUUGACGACAAGGAGUUUGGCGCCAAGGUCAUCAUCGCCAAGGUUGAUGCUACUGCCAACGACGUUCCCAUCGAGAUCCAGGGCUUCCCCACCAUCAAGCUCUUCCCUGCUGGCUCCAAGACUGCGAUUGACUACACUGGAAGCCGCACCGUCGAGGACCUUGCCAACUUCGUCAAGGAGCACGGUACCCACAAGGUUGACGCCUACGUCGCUCCCCCCGCCGAGGUUGCCGCCGAUGAGGCCGAGGAGGUUCUUGGCUCUGCCGCCGCUGCCGCCAGUAAGGUCUCAGAAAAGGCUGAGGAGAAGUCGGAGACCGCCACUGAAAAGGUGAAGGAGGCCACCGAGAAGGUGAAGGAGGCUGCCGCAGCGGCAAGCUCGGCUGUGGUCGGAGACGAGAGGAUCCACAACGAGUUGUAAAAGCUGCGGGAUAAGAGCUAACAAAAUGACGUUAUUCAGUACGCUUGGAUUUACUUGUACUACAUUACUGGGUUUGGAUGGGGCUACUUAUGCGUUGAACUGUUCUAUUCUGUGUUGUCUCUUUUUCUUUAACGGCGUUUCUUCUUCUGUUCACGAUAUUACUUUAUGCUGUUUUACAUCACAUGUAGCUUGACGAAUUGUAGUUUUGAUUGGUGUCACAUCAAUCGAUGUUUGCUUUUGCAACUGUUGGCCA